AUUUUAUUUGAUUUUAUUUGAUUUCAAUCUUUGAUAUCCCUCUAUAUAUUAUACAUACUUCUCUAUUCCUUUUUUUUUGUUAAGAAAAAAAAACAGUCUUAAUCUUCAAACUAUACAAUGGACGACAUGAUGGGAGAAUCAGGCGAAGGACCAGCCUAUAAUUUGUUUGUCCAGAAAUCUGCCUUUGAGAGAAGGUGGCAACAACUCUUGGAUAGAUCUACACCUUAUGUCUAUCAACGUUGGACUGGAACAGGCAUCUUGUUAACAUUGUUUAUGAUUCGUAUUGUUCUUGCUGAGGGAUGGUACAUUAUUUGUUAUGCUCUCGGUAUCUAUCUUCUCAACAUGUUCCUUGCCUUUUUGACACCAAAGAUCACACCUUCAAUGGAAAUGGACAACCAGGAAACAGAAAUGGAAGAAGGUCCUUCUUUGCCAUCAAAAGCCGACGAAGAAUUCAAACCAUUUAUUAGAAGAUUACCAGAAUUUAAGUUUUGGCAUGCUGUCACUCAAGCGACCGUUAUUGCACUGGUCUGCAGUUUCUUCCGUAUCUUUGACGUCCCGGUAUUCUGGCCUAUUUUGUUGGUAUACUUUAUCAUACUAUUUGGUAUCACAAUGAGAAGACAGAUCAAGCACAUGAUCAAGUACAAGUACAUUCCCUUUGACCUCAACAAGAAGAGCUACACCGGAGGAGGAGGAGGAAUUGGAGGAGGACAUGGUAGUAAAGGACGAUAAAGAAAGAAAGAAAAGACAAGACAAGAGAUGAUAAUUUCUAAAGUUAUUACCUGUGUUUUAUUCUUCUUCUUCUUCUUUAUAUAUAUAUAUAUAUAUAUGUAAAUAUAUAUAAAAGAAGAAACAAAAAUACAUAUAUAUCGCACAUAGCGAAAAAAUCAACCAACCAAUCAACCAACCAACCAAAUAUAAUAAAUGUACUUUUAUCAAAAGGC